AAAACCCUUCACUUCUUUCUUCUCACAAACACAACCAUUGUGAACGUCUUGAGGAAUCAUGACGAUGAGCAGCAGCAACAACAACAACAACAUGGGACAGUUCGGAGACACAACACUAACCAAAGUGUUUGUUGGAGGCUUGGCAUGGGAGACUCCGAAGGAGGCCUUGAGAGAGCACUUUGAAAAGUAUGGUGAAAUCUUGGAGGCUGUUAUUAUCUCCGAUAAGCUCACCGCCCGAUCCAAAGGCUACGGAUUCGUCACGUUCAAGGACUCUGAAGCCGCUAAGAAUGCCUGUGAAGAUCCUUCGCCGAUCAUCAAAGACCGCCGAGCUAACUGUAACCUAGCUUCGCUUGGUGCACGCCGCCCGAGGUCCGCGGCCACCGCUCCUCCUCAACAAGGAUCGAACGGUGGACCGAGUCCGGCAUCACCAGCUCCAGUCAAUCAGGUGCACUGGUACUAUCCAGCAAGGACACCGGCUUCACCAUUCCAUCACCAUCAGCAUCAUCAUGCCCUUCCAUUUUAUGGGUACUCUCCAGCUUACAUUGCAACUGAUCAUAUGAGUUACAACCAUAAAGUUAGCUACACCGGCGGGUCCUACGUGAACGGGCAUUUCUCUCCAGUGUACCCAGGCCAUCCUAUUGUAGGUGCAAACACAUUGAUGCCAAUGUACCCUCUUUAUCACUACCAUCAAUCGCAAACGAUGGGCUUACCUGCGCACAUCUUUCCUCAAUCAACUGCCGGACCCAUAGCAACUCCCCCCAAAAUCAUGUCCAAGCCUCCAUCGAUUGUUCCUAACACAGGUACUUUACACCAACACUCUAGUUUUCCCUUUGUUGUGAUAAUGGCAUCCUCAACCUCGUACAUGGGAGCAACCGAGAAAGAAUCAUUUUGUUUCUCACACGCAGUCACGUGCACUUGUGAUUUGAGUUGGGCCCAGCGGCAAAUCAGGGGAAGCCCACGUGGCCCAAAGGACUAAUAUGUCCUUAUAGAUUAAAAAACGAUUCACAUUUUUUAAGUCAUUUAACAAUUAAUAUUUUCGCAUUUCCUUGAAAAUUAUAUACUUGUAAUUUUUGUGAUGAUGAUUGAAGAAUAUUGUGUUAUAAUUUGAAUAAAUUGAGAGGGAUGAAAAGAAAUAGAUGAGAAAUAGAAAAAUAAGAUAAGAGAGGUUUGAGUUCAAUCCACUUGAAGUUGUACACGUUUUGGAUUCAAGGACCGUAUUGUCUUUGUCUUUCAAAAAACGCCUUGAGAGUGAGAGUGUGCGAGCCCAUUUCAACAACUUGAGGUACUCUCCCCGGUUCUCAUUUGGAUACUUAGGGGUUUGUCCAUUUUAUGACGCCUCAACUAUUUGAGGUUGGAUUCACACUUAUAAACCACAUCGUUGACUUAUAUCAAAGCGAUGUGAGACUUAUUAUCUUCUUAUUAAGCAUCUAUUGUUUAAAAACUGCUAUGAUAUGUUCCACUUGAUUGAUUUUGUGGGUGCUAAUUAUCCCAUUUAAUUGAAUAUUAAUGUGAAAACACACAUUUGAUGCAAUUAA